CCAGAACUAAACCAGAACUACACCAGGACUAAACUGGGACUAAACCAGGACUAAAGUGGGACUCAUCAUGGUUGCCUACAGCCCUACACCUGCAGAUGUGGAGAGGGGAGCUCAUCAGGACCACAGUCUGGUCCUGGUCCAGACCCAGUCCUGGCUGAACCGGACUCUGAAGAUCUUUGGGGUUAUUUUCUUCUUGGCUUUGGCUCUGGCUCUGGUCUUUGUUGUGGUUUGGACUUGGAGCACCAGAAGAGACGCAGGGGUGCAGACUGUCCAGAUUGAGGCGCUGAUCCAGACCACGACAGACAAACCCGAGCCUCACACGAUCCUGAAGAGGAUCAACAGCAAACCCAAAGCAGCCAUUCAUCUGGAAGGCAGUUACGACGAGGGGAAGCACUCGGGUCUGCAGUGGCACAGUGGGCAGGGCCAGGGUUUCUCUCAGGGCGGCAUCCAACUCCAAAACAACAGCAUCAUCAUCCCCGAAACUGGCCUGUACUUUGUCUACAGCCAGGCCUCCUUUAGGGUCUCCUGUCACAACCCCCCCACCUCGACCCCCGGCUCCAAGGAGGUAGAGGAGGAGGAAGAGGAGGAGACCCGGCCGCAGAGCUCGCCCCUCAGUCACCGCGUUUGGAGGUUUUCUGAGUCGUUCGGUAACGAUGCUUCCAUAAUGAGCGCCGUUCGUUCAGCCUGUUCGGGGCAGGAUGCUCGGGGCCUGGAGGAGGGCCAGGGUUGGUACAAUGCCAUCUACCUGGGAGCCGUGUUCCAGCUUAACAAAGGAGACCGACUGUGGACCGAGAGCACACAGCUGUCCGAACUGGAGACGGAGGAGGGCAAGACGUUCUUUGGGGUGUUUGCUCUUUUCUGAUGAAGAUGAGACUGGACUGUUUGAGAUGAGGUUUGAGGGUCAUGGGGUACCACAUCCUGAUUUACAAUGGUCCAAAGUUAUCGAUACUUUGCAGUCACGUUGAGGGUGUUCAGCAGUUACCAUGGUGACAUCAUGCACACAUUGCUAAAAAAGUUUUAAGAUGGUCUGAAAACUCAAGAAAAAAUACAAAUGGACUUAAAGAGCACAUUUUCAGGAGCCUGUGAUCAGUCCAAGUGUUCACGGUCCUGUUUAGGAGUCAGAUUUUACACAAACAGGUGAGAGCGACAAAAUGAAAAACUGUUGGCUAAUGCUAGCUAGCUUGUGCCUGUAAUGUUAUUUGAGACACAUGAACUAUUGUUGUAGUUCAGAUAAGUCAGCUCUUUAUGUUCAGAUUGUAUUCAAAUAAAACUCAAAUUAAAGUCUAACAGCUUCAGACAGAGCAGUGCCUCCAGUUAGCGUCACACCCAGAUGGACUGUUGAUGACAUCAGCUGCAAAGUAUCAAUUCCUCACGUACCUUAUACAUUCCAAGCAUCUUAAUUCCACACAUCUCUCAGAGACAUGAGCAGAGUUUUGUCGUCUUUAUAAACUUUCUGACUCUUGGAUUCUUGAACUGUUCGACCUUUGGUUUUAUUCAUCUUGUUGGUGAAAAAUGUUGGUCUCCAUGGAGACAAACUAAAACUCAUUUAAACUGUAGCAGUUUGAUCUAAGGCACUUUUGUUGCUUACCUUAUUCUCUAUAUCAUUAGGCCUGGUUUAGCUUUGUGUCCGUUUGGUUCUAUUUAUUUUAUCCUGAUUUCAUUUUUUUUUUUCUUACAUUUGUAGAUCUUAUUUUAUUUUUUAUUUUUUUGUAAUGUGACUUUGUUUGUUUCAUUUUCAUUCAUCUUUUUUAAAGGUCCUAUAUUAAGCAGAACUGACUCUCUUUAGUCCACGUUCUAAUGCUGUUACCUCGUCAGAAACAGACCUGGAGUUGUGUUUUCUUUCACUCACACAUGUUUGAAUAACACUUUAUUAUUAGUCUGUUACAUCUACAAAGCUCAAAGUGCUCUGUUCCACCUUGUGAUGUCAUCAAGUGGUACUUUUCAAGUCUACAGUUCCUACCUUUAUUUCAAACUACAUAAGAACAGAGACCAGAAAACAGUGGAACCUUAAAAUGGGACCUUAAAAUGUUUACCUUUAUUUGUUUUAUACUUAAUUCCUUUUUUUUUUUUUUUUGUAUAUUUGCAGUUUUUGUUUGAAAUGAUCACAGUUUUUUUUUUAUUUCCGUAUCGUGUGUGACCUGAGAUUGUACUGUCUUCUCUCUGUGACGUGCUUGUCUCGUACGAGCGCCCCCUUCUGACACAUCUGAGACACUCCUCUGAUUCUUUUAUUUAAUAUUUAUUUUGUAUUUAUGUCGGUGCUGUGGUGUAUUUAUGAAAUAAAAGUACACACUUAACCU